ACGAACAGGGCGUCAUAAUGUCUAGCACUAGCAGUCUCUACUAAGAAGUUAAACAAUGUACUAUCAUUGAUUUGCAUUGAAUUACAUCCGCUGACCUAAAAGGUGUGCUUAGAUUAGCAGGCUAUGCAUUUACCCGGACAGCAGGUGUGUUACCUGUGGCACCUCCAGGAAAUAGGAAGCUCUGACAGACACGGGACUUCCUCUGUGAUUACUCCAUAGCCACACCGCACAAACGCAAUCAACAUGGCUUGCCGGGAGGGCGUAAGGGCGAGUGGGCAAACCUUUAUUUGAUCCUUCAAAACCAGAUUUAUUAUUCGGUAAAUUCUGCAAUCCCGCUUUAUGAGAAUCCAGCAACAACCACAACAACAACACCGGGGCCGCAACAGACAAGAUUCAGAGACAGCGGCAUUCCCCAUGUACCUUCUCCUGGCAUGAUCGGCUUCCUGAUCACAAGAGCUGCGUCUUAUUUCCCAUUCCAGUGAGUGACUGCGCACGACUUUCCCCAUCAGCGCGGGGGCAUUGACGCAUUGUGGAGUCGAAAGGGGGGGUAGCACUAGUGCCAACCCCGGCUGCGCUAACACACGCAUCUAGGAUGAGCGAAACCGCGAUGGCCGGGGUGCAGCUCGAGACGGAGCCGGAGGACGACCACCAGCAGCCCGAGAACGGCUUCGUGUCCCCCGAAGCCACAGCCACGCCGGGGCUGCUGACACGCAUCGACGGCUGUGUGCUCCCGUUCCUCGGGGGAUUCGGGAAGUACCAGAGACAGCUCAUCGUGCUGACAUGGAUCCCAGCGCUGUUCAUUGGAUUCAGCCAGUACUCUGAUAAUUUCCUGCUCGCCCAGCCCAACAUCACAUGUGUCGUACCCGUGGCUAACACGACCAAUUUAUCCAAAAGUCAUUCGGCGUUGUUUCAAGGUCCACACAAUAGCAGCAGAAGCAGUACGCGUUCAUCUUUUAUAUACGCUAAUGGGAGUUAUGGCACUCGCAAUGACAGCAGCAGCAUGCAGUGCCACUGCACGGAGUGGACGUUUGAGCUGCAGACCGGACUGGUACGGAAUGUGGUUACCAAGUGGGGUCUCGUGUGCAACUCUGCGUGGAAAGUCCACAUUGCAAAGUUCUCUCUUCUCGUUGGGUCCAUCUUUGGAUACCUGGUCUUUGGGGUCCUUGCAGACUGGUUCGGCCGCCACCCGGUGCUCAUCAUAUCGGUGCUGUUCAUGCUGGUGUUCGGGCUGACGGUGGCGUUCUCCGUCAACGUCCCCAUGUUCAGCACCCUGCGCUUCUUUGAGGGCUUCUGCCUGGCGGGGAUCACCCUGUCUCUCUUCGUACUGAGACUGGAGCUAUGUCUACCCGACUGGCGCUUCUCCAUGACCAUGGUGGCCAGCUUCGUGGUGCUGGGGGGCCAGCUCCUGAUGCCCGGGGUGGCGUACCUCUGUCGGGACUGGCAGGUCCUCCAGGCGGUCAUCAUCUGCCCCCUCCUGCUAAUGCUGUCCUACAUAUGGAUCUUCCCAGAGUCUCUGCGGUGGCUGCUGGCCACGCAGCAGUACUCUCGCUCCAAGUGGAUUAUGGGACAUAUUAUCAAGAAGAACCAGGUGAACACGGAGCAGGACUCGGAGCAGGUGCUUCAAGAACUACAGGGAGCCCUGCAGAAGAAGCCCAAGAAGACCUGCAUCGUGAAGAUGGUGGGCACCAGGAACCUGUGGAAGAACAUCGUGGUGCUCUGCGUGAAUUCGCUGACGGGCUACGGCAUCCACCACUGCUUCGCCCGCAGCAUGAUGGACCACGAGGCGCACGAGACCACCAUGUUCCACAACUUCUACGCCGACUACUACACCAUGGCGGGCAUCGCGGUGGCGUCCUGCAUGGCGCUGUGUCCGGCCGUGGGGCUGAUGGGCCGGCGCGGCGGCCUGCUCAUGUUCAUGAUCAUCACGGCGCUGGCGUCGCUGCUGCAGCUGGGCCUGCUGAAUCUGCUGGGAAAAUACAGCGUUCAACUAAAUAUAGUGCGCUCCGAAUCGCUGAAUAGGAACUUCUCCAUUGCCUUUUCCAUCAUCGGCAUGUUCUCGUCCCACGCUGUCAGCAACCUGAGCAUCUUUUUUUGUGCUGAGAUCACCCCCACCGUCAUCAGGGGCGGAGGUGUGGGCCUGGUCCUGGCCAGCGCAGGCUUCGGCAUGCUCACCGCGCCGAUCAUGGAGCUCCACAACCAGAAGGGCUACUUCCUCCACCACAUUAUCUUCGCCUGCUGCACCCUCAUCUGCAUCAUCUGCAUCCUGCUGCUGCCCGAGACGCGCUUCCAGCCCCUCCCCGAGACGCUGGCCGACGGCGACUGCUACACGCGCCAGCCCCUGCUGCCGCCGCCCAGGAAGCCCGGGGAACAGCACCACCUGCUGGGCGCGUCCCAGGGCAGCAGGGACUACAUCCGGGUGCACGACACGCCCCCGCCGCACAAGGCGCCCGCCACCGUGGUCUCCACCCUGGACUCCACCGCCUCGUCGGCCGUGGACCUGGCGGCGGCGCCGUCCGUCAGCAACCUGGUCGCCAUGGAGGUGCACCCCGGCAAGGCGGACGGCAGGGACCCCAACGGCCACUCCUACUGCUCCCUGCCCAUGACGCCGCUGGCCUCCUCCUCGCUGGACAAAGGGAGCGUCGCGCGCGCCGGCCAGGAGCAGCGGCUGUCCUCCACGCCGCUGCGAAAGAAGCCCUGCGUCACCGACCCCCUGCUGUCCGGCGCCGGAGACCCCGGGGACGCCGUCAAGCCGUCGGACAUCACGGUCAUCACCCAGCUGAACGGCAAGGUGGACCCCUCGCACGGCCCCCCCCGGGCCGGGUCGCCCCCCGUCCCCGUCCUGAAGCCCGGCCCCCCGUCGCCGGUGGACGCCCGCGGCCCCCCGUCGCCCCUCCCGGGGGACUGCAGCCCCCCCCCCCCCCCCCUGCUGCUGCCCAGCCCCGGCUCGGCUCCCCGUUGGGGCCCCCUGUCACUCUGGUCAGAGGGCCCCAAGCCCCCCUACACCCCAGGCCCCCGCUGCUACCAGAGGCUGGCCCCGAAGCCGCUGCCGCCGGCCCCGCUCCGCCGAUCGGACGCCCCCGCCCCCCCUCCCUCCGACCCCUUCGCCCCCGUUCCGUCGCCAUCGGUGGUCCUCCCCAUCACGGACAUCGUCCACGCGUCGCCUCCGGCGCCGGCCGAUGUCGCGACUGUCACGUGCCAGGGGCCCGCGGGGCCCUCGCCGGGCCUCCUGCCAGACCCUCACAGCGUGGACCCGGCUGUGUGA